CUACAACAAUGGACGGAGAGUAGAGCUACCCAACUGGGACGAUACUGGAGAUAUCCCAGUAGAGACACUCGCACAAUUCGAGAAGGACGUGAAGCGGACCGACACCGGGUUCCUGGCGAUAGCAACAGAGGUGGAGAAUGACGGAGAGAAAGCCUCGGAAACUCCAGAAAAAAUCAAGGAAUUUCUGAAGGAGUUCCAAGACAUUCUUCCUGACGAUCUUCCGAACGAGCUACCGCCAUACCAAACGCAUCAACACGAGAUCGUGGAGGAACCGGGUUCGAAGCCGACCUUCCGAGCACCAUACCGGCUCAGCCCUACGGAGCUGACGGACAUGAAAAAACAGAUCGAGUAUCUCCUAGCCAAAGGACUCAUCCGGCCAUCCACUUCGCCAUACGGUGCCCCAGUACUCUUCAUCCAGAAACCGGACGAAAGCCUGCGCAUGUGCAUCGACUACCGAGCUCUUAACAAGCAGACCAUCAAGAAUAAAUAUCCGAUACCGCGAAUCGAUGACCUGCUUGACCAGCUUCGGGGAGCUACGGUAUUUUCCAAACUGGAUCUGCGGUCCGGAUACUGGCAGAUACGGAUGGCGGACAACUCUAUCCACAAAACUGCUUUUCGAACUCGGUACGGAUCGUACGAAUAUUUGGUAAUGCCGUUCGGACUCACCAACGCGCCGGCAACGUUCCAAGCCGAAAUGAACCACAUUCUACGACCACUUUUGGACGAAUGCGUGGUGGUGUACCUGGACGACAUACUCAUCUAGUCGCGCGACAUGAAGCAACACGUUGAACACCUGCGACGCGUCUUCAAAAUUCUUCGACGGGAAUGAUUCUACGUCAAACUGUCCAAGAGCGAAUUCGCCCUUGAAAAGGUCCAGUUCCUAGGGCACAUGGUGAGCGCUCAAGGAGUUCACGUCGACCCCAAGAAAAUCGAGGCCGUACGCACGUGGAAGACACCCGAGAACGUGAAGGAGUUGCAGCAGUUCCUACGCUUCGCUAAUUACUACAACAGGUUCGUGCCACAAUAUGCGAAAAUCGCAGCACCACUCACGAAUCUGCUGAAGAAGAACACGCCCUAUAAAUGGGAACCAAAGCAUCAGGAAGCCGUGGAGCAGAUGAAACAAGCACUCACGUCCGCACCGGUACUCAUCUUGCCAGAUCCCGAACGCGACUACGUAAUCGAAGCUGACGCCAGCGACCACGCAGUGGGGGCAGUCUUAAUUCAAGACUAGGGGAAUGGACUGCAACCAAUCGCCUACCUCAGCAAGAAACUACACGGAGCAGAACAAAACUACCCGAUACACGACAAAGAGGCCCUUGCCAUCGUCAUCGCCUUUAAAGCGUGGAGAUGUUAUCUCGAAGGACGACGAACAACCGUCUACACCGACCACUGCAGCCUGAAAUACUUGAAGACACAACCCAAUCUUUCCAGGCAGCAGGUCCGGUGGAUCGACUUCCUCGAGACACACUUCCACUACGACAUCGUGUACAAGCCCGGCCACAAAAACAAAGCAGACGCUCUUAGCCGGCCUGCACACGUUGCCGCCAUUCAGAUUGAAGGGAUGAAUCCACUACUCAAGGGACUCUUCACACACGGGUACGCCAUCGACCCCGAAAUUCCCUUGGCAGAAAAGCGACACCUGCUACAAUGGGACAGCGACAUCGCGUACCGGAAAGGAUAAAAAAAAAUCUGGGUACCAAAUUACCCUCCUUUGCGCCAGUUACUACUCGAAGAAUACCAUGACGUCCUGUACGCCGGACACUUCGGUAGCAACAAGACGCUCACCGGUAUCGCCAAACUCUACUACUAGCCCCACAUGGCAGACGACGUCCAGAAAUUCGUCACCUCGUGUGAUACAUGUCAGCGGAUGAAGAGCAGAAAGCAGAAAAAGGCGGGACUACUGCAGCCUCUUCCUGUUCCAGAACAGCCAUGGCAAGUGGUUAGCCUAGACUUCAUCACCGGGUUACCACCUACCACCAGCAGUCAUGACGCAAUCCUUGUCGUCAUUGACAAGUUCUCCAAAAUGGGACACUUCAUCCCGACACACACGACGGCACGCACCGAGGAGACAGCACAGCUCUUCGUUCGUCAUAUCAUCUCACAGCAUGGCAUUCCAACCACACUCAUUUCCGACCGAGACCCCAAGUUCACCAGCAAGUUCUGGAAGGAACUUAUGUCUCUUCUCGGGACCAAACUCGCCAUGUC